AUUCGCAAAAUUUUAGAACAAAUUCUAUUCGAUAAUCAAAUCAUGGAAAUCACUGUCGAAUUUACAGGUGGUGCUGAACUAUUAUUCGGUAAUGUAAAAAAACAUCAAAUGACAUUAUCCAAUGAUGACGAUGAUAUGAAACAACAUCCAUGGACAAUAAAACGAUUGAUUGGUCAUCUUCGAGAUGAACAUCUUAAAGAGCGACCAGAAUUAUUUUGUUCAGGUGAUUCAGUGAGACCUGGAAUUCUUGUACUUGUUAAUGAUAUCGAUUGGGAACUAUUGGGUGAUAAAGAUUAUCAUUUAAAAACUAAUGACCAGAUUUCAUUUAUAUCAACACUUCAUGGCGGAUAAUAUUUGUUUUAUUCAUUCCAUUCAUAAAACGUAAAAGGAAAACUUUUAAUACAUGAAAAAAAUUUUUUUUCAGGUAUUUACAAAAAAAAAAUUUGGAAUGUCAUUUUUCUACUAAUAAAUUAUCAUCUUGUCAAUUUUAUAUUGUAUACAGCGG